AUGUCAGAAGCUGAACAAGCCCCCUCUGGAUUUACUCUGGGGUCUGUCACGGAGAGUGCAGUGUUCGAGGUGGGAGAACCUUCGAGAUUGGUGCGGAAACGCAAUACAAAAAAUCUAUUUUUGAACAUCGACAACUCACCUACCCAGAGGAUCGAGGCGCUGGACGCCCCAUGUGGUUUCAAAAGUGAGGAUAAUGGACGGCUGCGAAAUAUCCAGGAACCCCGGGCUCUAGAGAGAUGGAAACACGUCUCAAGCGACGCUCACAUCUUCUCCGUAGCUAACGUGACAAACGGCUCAUUCACAGCUAAAAAAGAACCCAAGUUGGUGACAAACCGGUUGAAAAGGGGCAUGUCGUUGCCGCCACAACUCAAAACUCGUUUUAUAGGGUCACAGAGUGACUUGGGAUUGUCUUCGUCACCCAUAGAAGCUCAGAGCCUGUCUUUGGGAUCUGAGGACGCUGUGCUACAGAAUAGUGGUUCGCGUGCAUUCCAUCGGGCCUCGCGCUCUGUUUCUACGGUUGUGGACGAAGGCUGCACCACUAAAAAUGCAUAUCCGGACGGACCAUUGCUGGUUUAUGGUUCAUAUCUGUAUCUGUGUUCUGAGCCGUCCAUUACAGAUCUCGAGCGUUUUGACGUGACGCUGAACGUUGCUCAAGAGGUCUCAAAUCUCCGCACUAUGUUGCCGCCCACCAAACAGGUUGAUUACCACCAUAUUCACUGGUCUCACACGUCGAAAAUAUGCUCAGACCUACCACAACUAACCAGAAUCAUACACGAGGCCGUGGAGGCUCGACGCACAGUACUGGUGCAUUGCCAAUGCGGCGUGUCUCGCUCUGCAUCGCUGAUUGUAGCGUACAUUAUGCGCUACGAAAACCUUCCUCUUCAUGACGCCUAUAACAAGCUCAAAUCUGUGGCCAAAGACAUUAGUCCGAACAUGAGUUUGAUCUUCCAGCUCAUGGAGUGGCGCGAGGUUUUAAGUUUACCACGUAUGCAACCGAAAGCCGUAGGCAGGGCGGAUGAUGCGAUUUUUCCAAAGGCCCCAGGCGUGAUGUUAUUGGAUCAAGAAGAAAGUGCACACGAUCCUACCAAAAUACCCCCAACAAGCCCUGACUGCUCUAAUGUUUCAACUGAAAACACACCUUGCACUCCAAGCGAGUUUUUCGACUGCGGUCGAGUCUCUUCGCAUUCCUCCGUUACUGCAAGCGAUUCAGGCACUGGUACACCUUUCCUGUCGGCACCCAUGUCCGAUACCGCACGAUACGCAUCAAUGUUUGAAACAUAUGCCUCAACCGGCGUUGAAACUGGAAACAAAUCCAGCAGUGGAUGGUGCUGA